AUGAGCGGUUGCUCUUCAUUUCACGCCUCAGGAGUGAUUCGUGUCAUUCAAAAUCGACGACGCUCUUCGAAGAAAGUCUUAGGAACACCAGAAACAAAGAGGAAAUCAUGCAUGAGAUUAUCGGAUGGAGUAGACCGAAAAAGAAAGCAUCGUUGUUCACCAAGCCAGUCUACUGGUCAGUUACUUGUUCUAAGAAAAAGGAACGAUCGUGCCGCAACGAAACCUAAACUAGGCCAUGUGGUAAAAAACGGCGACCUCGCAAAGCGGACACAGUUUACUGAGCGUAGCGUGAAUUGCUUCAUUGUUUAA